UAGUCCACUGCUCUUCUAUAUAUCUCAUGUCCAAAAUUUGGCGGCACCAAAAUCGCAGCUACUCACCAGCUCCCCAAUUUCGCGCCUCUUCUCCCUCUAGAUUUCCUCCAUCCAACAAAUUAAUCAAUAACUCUUCCUUGAUUUUGCUUCUCCUUCACUAGAUUUCCUUAGAAAUGGAUCCCGACACUACAUUUUCUCUACCAAGUCUCUUGUGUGAAGAAGAUGAAUCGUCUUUAAACGAAAUCAAGCUCGAUGCUUCCUUACCUAAAUCGGAAGACGAUCGGUAUAUACGAUCUCUGAUCGAAACAGAAUCCAAAUCAAAUGAUUAUGGUUGCGUUUGCAUUUCCGAUGAUGAUAAUAGUAGAAACUGGUUCAAAUGUGCUCGAUUAGACGCCAUUAACUGGAUUUUCAGUACCAGAGAAAUUUUAGGUUUUCAAUUUCGUACAGCUUAUCUCUCUUUGACAUACUUCGAUCGAUUCAUUUCAAGGCGAUUUAUCGAUAUUGGGAAAGAAUGGGCUAUUCAAUUGCUGUGUAUUGCAUGCUUAUCUUUAGCUGCUAAAAUGGAGGAACAAGUUGCGCCAUCAUUGUCCCACUACAAAGCACAAGGGUACAACUUCGAAAGCAGUGUGAUUCAAAGAAUGGAAUUAAUGGUUUUGACAACAUUAGAAUGGAAAAUGUCCUGCAUCACCCCAUUUGCUUAUCUUCACCAUUUCUUCUCCAAAGUUCAAGAUGAAUGUGAAUGUGAUGAGUUUCUAGUGUCCAAAUCCAUUGAACUCAUUCUUGAUUUCUCCAAAGAGAUUAAUUCCAUGGAUUAUAGGCCAUCUGUUGUUGCCAUAGCCUCAGUGUUAUUAGCUUGUGAUGAUCAAUUAACAAGAAACACAAUGGAGUUAAAGAUUGGUGUAGUGUCAUCCCUUUACUCUCUAGAAAAAGAACAUAUAUACUUGUGUUACAAUCUUUUGAAGGAUAUCAAGACUAAAAAGAAUAACACUCCAUGCUUGAUGAAUUCGUUUAGUUCAUUAAGAACUCAUUGGAGCCCUUCUUCCACCAUUAAGAGGAAGCUUAGAUUUGAACAAAAUUGUCCAUUGCAGAAGAUUAUUAGGAGAUAGUAGUAACUGCAACACUUUGUUUUUUAACAAGAAAUGGAUUCAAUUGAUUGGAUUUGGAUAUUUGAUGGGUGAUCAUUUUGGAACACAAUAAUCUACCAACAUAUGGUUUGAUCUUUGAGUUAUUUUGAGAGGGAUUUUGAAUAUGGAAAGUUGCAAGUAGUGAAAGUGGGUGGUAUGUAAAGCUUAACAUACAGUGAGAAGGGCCCAAAGAUGGGUCUUCAAUGGGAAGUUUUUUCUUUACUUUAUUUAAUUUUUCUUCUUGAGUUCAAUUGUCUUUUCAUUUCAUCACCCUUUUUAAGCUUUAAGUCUGGAUAAAGAUUGUACUGUUUCUGUGUAUAUGUCAAAAGACCUAAGAGGUUUUGGGAAUGUGGAAAUUGGAAUGGAGUCAUUAUUUGAUUUGA